AUGAGAAGGCCGGUGAGCCUAGUUUCUCUGAUCCUGUUUGCUGUGAUGCUGAUGGUGACAGAAGCAAAAAAUUGUGUGUGCACUGGAAAAACAAGGUGCCACUGUAAAGGAGUUAAAGGCAACAGGGGAGAAAAGGGUUUUCCUGGAGAUCAAGGUCUUCCAGGAUCAAUGGGCUAUCCAGGACCUGUAGGUAAUCCUGGGCCAAUGGGACCAAAGGGCAACACUGGACCUGAUGGACCCUUCGGACCAAAGGGCAACAUGGGACCAGAAGGCAAAGAGGGAUCUGCUGAGACUCAUGGUCUUCCAGGUAUCCCAGGCUUGCAGGGCCCACCCGGAGCCCCAGGUUAUCCAGGCUGCAAUGGAACGGAUGGAGACAUUGGACUUCCAGGUGUUCCAGGCCACCCUGGAUUUGAUGGACAGCCGGGUGCGCCAGGUCGAACUGGACCUAAGGGAGACUCUUGGGAAUCACCCCAUUCAAGACCAGGGUCACCAGGACCACCAGGAAGAGAUGGAGAUCCAGGGCAUCCAGGUGCUCCAGGAGAAUAUGGAAUACCCGGUAACCCUGGAUCAAGAGGAUCUGAUGGACUUCUAGGUCACGCUGGACCUACAGGAUCUAAGGGUCAGGAAGGCACAGCCGGUGUCCCAGGACCUCAAGGUCAAAAGGGAAGGCAAGGCCCAAGAGGUCCACCUGGACCUCCAGGGAGGAUUAAAGACUUCUUCACUGAGAGCCUGGUGUUAAAGGGUGUGAAGGGAGACAGAGGAAAUGUGGGAGACAAAGGUUGCCAAGGCAACCCAGGUGAUCCUGCGAAUAAUUUUCAAAUAAAAGGAGCAAAGGGAGACAAAGGAAAGCCGGGUCCAGAAGGAAAGACAGGGAAGGAUGGUGAAGCUGGUUUAGCUGGAUUACGGGGAAGGCCAGGCCGCCGAGGUGAUCCGGGGUAUCCAGGAAUACCAGGAGGAAUGGGCGAGAAAGGAAACAGAGGACCUUCUGGUCCACCAGGAGAUAUUUUUGCACCUGAGUCACUCAAAGGACAAACUGGUGAUCCUGGUUUUCCAGGAUCUCCUGGGCUCCCUGGGUAUCCAGGUGUUGCUGGUUUUCCUGGACCUCCUGGCCUUCCAGGUGAUACUUUUGGGUUUUAUGAGCCAGGCCCUCGUGGUCCUCCAGGCUUUCCUGGACCCAAGGGAGACCCUGGGGAUCCUGGAGAUGUUUUCUCUAGACCUCCAGGUCCAGAUGGAGAUCCUGGUGAUCAGGGAGCUCCAGGGGACCAGGGUCCACCUGGACCACCUGAAGACAGAACUAACAGAGUUACUAAGGGCCUCCCGGGAAUGAAAGGAGUAAAAGGUUUGUCUGGACCUAUAGGAUAUGAUGGGAACACUGGAAAGAAAGGAGAGAAAGGAGAGCCUUGUGAGUGCAGUGGAUUGGGACCCCCAGGGCCACCAGGUCACCGUGGCCCACCUGGCCUUACUGGUACUAAUGCAGAAUCGGGUGAAAGAGGUGAUCCAGGUGUUCCAGGAACUCCAGGUUCACCUGGACUACCAGGUCUUGAUGGUUCAAAAGGCUUACCAGGCCCUCCAGGACCACAGGGUGACGCAUAUUCUAAUAACUUGCCUGGUUUAAAAGGACAAAAAGGAGAUCCAGGGCCUAUUGGAAGACCUGGUUCUGAUGGCUUUCCUGGGUCUCCUGGAAAUCCAGGUCGCAAAGGUGAUCAAGGACUUCCUGGAGAUUCGUUCCUUCUUCCUGGUGAUGAAGGAGACCGUGGAUUUCCAGGUCUACCAGGGUCGUUAGGUAAACAAGGAGAAGUUGGCAACCCUGGACCAGUGGGUUCUGGUCCUCCUGGAUCUCCAGGAAUUCAGGGAGACACUGGUGUGCCUGGCUUGCCAGGACAGCCUGGAAUUCCAGGACAAAAGGGAGAACCUAGUCAUUUUCACAUCCAAGGACCACCAGGACCACCUGGAUUUAAAGGUCUUCCUGGAUUACCAGGAAAUCCAGGGUAUCAGGGGACACCAGGUACCCCAGGAAUACCAGGUGUUGAAGGACAAAAAGGAGAAAGAGGUGAAGUGUUAACUUCUGGAAGUCCUGGGCUCAGAGGUUAUAAAGGUGAUAAGGGACAGUUAGGUCUUCCAGGCACUCCAGGCAGGGGCUUACCUGGGCAUUCUGGUCCAGAUGGCCCUCCAGGUCCUCCAGGAGAGAAGGGGGAUAGUGGUGCUGGAUACCCUGGUCUCCCAGGUCCCCCAGGGCCUCCAGGUGAAGAUGGAGCUCCAGGACCCACAGGUGAUCCUGGAAUCCCUGGCUUUCCUGGGAAACAAGGACCAUCAGGGAUGUCUGGACCUUCAGGUGAAAAAGGGAUAAAAGGUUCAGUUGGCCCUCCAGGGCUGCCCGGUAGCAAAGAGAUAUGUCAAAGUUUGGCUGGACCAGAGGGACCACCAGGACCAGAUGGUUAUACAGGACAGCCAGGAUUUAAUGGCUUACCUGGUGAAAAGGGACAUGUAGGUUUACCUGGGUUCGGCCAUCCUGGUCCUUAUGGAGAGCGUGGUCUCCCAGGGUUAUCAGUGCCAGGUUCACCUGGACCUCCUGGGUCAAAAGGAGUGAAAGGUCAAAAUGGCUGGCCUGGUCAGCCAGGACCAAGAGGAGACUCUGGACCUGAUGGGAUAUCGAGGCAUGGUCCAGAGGGAACACCUGGUAAUAUAGGGGAACCUGGUCCAAUAGGGGACCCAGGUCCAGAUGGAGCAAAAGGUCUUCAAGGAUCACCUGGCACAGAAGGAGAACCAGGCCCCAGAGGUCCUAAAGGACACAAGUUGCUUUUAAAUUUAACUGGACCAUCUGGUGAUCCUGGAGAACCAGGACAACCUGGUCUGUCUGGUCCCCAUGGUGACCCAGGAGGAACUGGACCAAAGGGCCAGAGAGGAAAUGCAGGAUUAUCAGGGAGUGAAGGGCUAAGAGGUCUUCCUGGUGAACCAGGCAUUGAUGGAGAAGUUCUGUCCCAAGGGAAUCGAGGUCCGACAGGACCAAUGGGAAACACUGGACACAAAGGUCAAUCAGGGCCUAAAGGAAUAAAGGGUAAUCCAGGAACCCCUGGAACACAAGGAGCAAAUGGUGUUAUAGGUCUGACUGGGUACAAAGGCACUGCUGGAGAGCCACAUUAUGGAUAUGGUCCACCUGGACCACCAGGACAAAAGGGUGAACCAGGGACGAGCAGUUCAAUCAUGCUGAAGGGUCAGAAAGGAGAACCUGGUAUUGAAGGACCAGGAGGUCUGCCAGGAAACUAUGGAGCCAAAGGAAACUCAGGACCUCUUGGAAAAAAUGGCUUCCCAGGCUUCCAAGGUCCAAAAGGCUCAGAUGGCCCUCCCGGAAUCAAAGGAUACCCAGGACCUAAUGGACUUCCAGGUAGCCCAGGCCUCCCAGGUAAAAGUGGGGAACCUGGUCUCAAAGGCUACCAGGGUCUUGAUGGUAUUCCCGGGCCACCAGGACAGAAAGGGGACAGUGGGAGAGGAACAGGACUGCCGGGAAGACCUGGUGAUCCAGGUUAUCCAGGUCCUCCUGGGGAUGCUGGUUCCAAUGGCUUGGCUGUAACAGGAAGUCAUGGACCAACAGGAAACAGAGGACUUCCAGGUCCACCAGGCAUCCCAGGUCUAAAAGGACAGCUAGGAAGAGAAGGGAGUUGUGUUCCUGGACCCAAAGGAGAUCGUGGACUCCCCGGCAAUUCUGGGACCAAAGGCUACCCUGGCCCUCCUGGCCCUCCAGGUUCAACAGAGCUAGGGCUCAAAGGAGAUAGAGGAGACCCAGGUCAUUCAGGAAUCUCAGGUUUUUGUGGACCCCCGGGAGAUCCAGGCCCCCAAGGACCACCUGGUCCAAUAGGCUUACCUGGAGGUCCAGGAAUGAGAGGAGAUCCAGGCCCCUCUGGAAAACAAGGGCCCCUAGGUGACGUGGGAGACCCUGGAUACAUUGCAGGUUUACCUGGUCUCACUGGAUCCAAAGGUUUUCCUGGACCCCCAGGCCUUAAAGGUGAAACAGCAUUUAUCAGAGCAGUGUAUGAGCCAGGACAUCCUGGCUCACCUGGUCCCCCAGGAAUCCAAGGAUUGCCAGGGAUUACCGGACUACCAGGACCACGAGGACCUCAAGGACAACCUGGUUUUAUUGGAAUACCUGGAACAAGUCUACUUGGCCCUCCUGGAUUUACUGGCCACAAGGGAGCCAAAGGAAAAGCAGGACUGCAAGGUCUCGAAGGCAGACUUGGAAACCCAGGCCGUAAAGGUCAGAGAGGUUUGCCUGGCAAAGGUGCUGCAGGUUACAUUGACAGUUUCCUGAUAGCUAGGCACAGUCAGAGCAUUCGGGUCCCUGACUGUCCCAAUGGCACCAGUUUUAUCUAUUCCGGCUACUCCUUCCUCUUCAUCAACGGAAAUGAGAGAGCUCAUGGUCAGGACCUUGGCACCACAGGAAGCUGUCUCCCUCGUUUUUCCACCAUGCCUUUUCUGUUCUGUGACACGGAACGUACCUGCCGCUAUGCUUCUCGUAAUGACUACUCAUACUGGCUGUCAACUGAUGAGCCGAUGCCUGCCAACAUGAAUUCCAUCACAGCUAACAAGGUGGCCUCCUACAUUAGCAGGUGCUCAGUUUGCGAAACCACAUCCACAGUCAUAGCCAUUCACAGUCAGAACACUCUGAUACCUGAUUGUCCCCGAAGCUGGAAGUCCCUAUGGACUGGAUAUUCUUUUGUCAUGCAAACAGGUGCUGGGGCAGAAGGCUCUUCUCAGCCUCUGAUUUCUCCUGGCUCGUGUAUGGAAAAUUUUUAUCAAAUCCCCUUCAUUGAGUGUCAUGGCAGAGGGACCUGUAACUAUUACCCUGAUUCCUAUAGUUACUGGUUGGCCUCGCUCAACCCCAACAACAUGUUCAGCAAACCAGUUCCUGAGACAGUGAAGGGAACGUUCCUACAGAGCGUCAUCAGUCGCUGUCGAGUCUGUAGAAAAUCAUGA